CGACCGGGCCACAGCGGUUGGCCAUGGGUCCCCUCACGCCGCGGCUGCUAAUGCAGCGCGGGCGACCCAAGAGCGACCGGCUGGGGAAGAUCCGGAGUCUGGACCUGUCGGGGCUGAAGCUGCUCUCCGAGCACCUGGACCUCAGCCUCCUGGGCCGACUGAAGCAACUGCAGGAACUGGAUCUCUCCAACAACCAGCUGGAGACGCUGCCGGCCAACCUGGGUCUGCCGCACCUGCGCAUCCUCCGCUGCGCCAACAACCAGCUGGGAGACGUCACGGCUUUGUGCCAGUUUCCGCAGCUAGAGGAGCUCAGCCUGGAGGGCAACCCCUUCCUAACUGUCAAUGACAACCUGAAAGUCUCCUUUCUCCUGCCCAAGCUGCGUAAGGUCAAUGGCAAGGAUGCAUCCGCCACCUGCUCUCAGGUAGAGAACCUGAACCGAGAGCUGACCAGCAGGGUCAGAGCAUACUGGGAGAAGUUUAUGACUGCCCUGGGCCCUGAAGAGGAGACUGAGAAAGUGCAGACAGACUUUGUGAAGUCUGCCGUCAGGGAUGUGCGCUAUGGACCCGAAUCCCUCAGCGAGUUCACCCAAUGGCGGGUGCAGAUGAUCUCUGAGGCGCUGGUCGCCUCUGGUGGGACCCAGGUGCACGAGGCGCACGUCACAAAGAGGUCAUCACAAGCCACAGCUGCCUGCAAGUCCAGGACCAGGCUGAUGGCCUCGAAACGGGCAGAGGAUGUCCCGCUCAACCCCUCUUCGACCAAGCGAGUGCGCAGCUCCUCAUCAGCCCAGAUGGAGGGCGGCGACCAUGUGGGCCCUGACAAUGGCCAGCCUGCCCUGCAGCUGGAGCCCCUGCACUUCCUGCAGUGCCACAGCAGGAACAACAGCCCCCGAGACCUGGAGACCCAGCUGUGGGCCUGCGCCUUUGAGCCAGCCUGGGAGGAGGGGCACUCAGGGGCCACAUCCCAGACAGUGGCCACAUGUGGUGGGGAGGCCGUUUGUGUGAUAGACUGCCAGACGGGCAUCGUACUCCACAAAUACAAGGCGCCAGGCGAGGAGUUCUUCUCGGUGGCCUGGACAGCCCUAACGGUGGUCACCCAGGCAGGCCACAAGAAGCGCUGGAGCGUGCUGGCAGCUGCAGGCCUGCGGGGCCUGGUCCGGCUGCUACACGUGCGUGCCGGCUUCUGCUGCGGGGUCAUCCGGGCCCACAAGAAGGCCAUCGCCACCCUGUGCUUCAGCCCCACUCAUGAGACCCACCUCUUUACUGCCUCUUAUGACAAGCGGGUCAUCCUCUGGGACAUUGGGAUGCCCAACCACGACUAUGAAUUCCAGGCCAGCCAGUUACUCACGCUGGAUUCCACCUCCAUCCCCCUGCGCCUCUGCCCUGUUGCCUCCUACCCAGAUACCUAUCUGCUGGCUGGCUGUGAGGGCGGCUGCUGCUGCUGGGAUGUGCGGCUGGACCAGGCCCAGAAAAGGAGAACAUGUGAGGUGGAGUUCACCUUCCCUGAUGGCACUGAGACAUCUGGGCGCAGAGUGGAUGGGCUGGCAUUUGUGAAUGAGGAUGUUGUGGCCUCCAAGGGGAGCAGCCCAGGCACCAUCUGCCUGUGGAGCUGGAGCCAGACGUGGAGGGCCCGGGGCAGUCAGUCCCAAGUGCACGUGGUUAUACUGGCACGCCUGCAGUGGUCACUCACCGAGUUGGCAUACUUCUCCCUCAGUGCCUGCCCUGAGGAAGGGCUUGUGCUGUGUGGAGACGAGGAGGGCAAUGUGUGGAUCUACGACAUUAGGCCCAUCCUGAAGCAGCCACCUCCAUUAGCAGCUGCCCCCCAGGCUCCCACACAGAUCCUUAAAUGGCCCCAGCCCAAGGCCCUUGGCCAAACGGUGACCAAGACCAUGGUGAACACAGUGGUAGCCAACGCUGCUUUUACUUACCUCACGGCUCUGACAGACUCCAACGUCGUAGCCAUCUGGAAGAGAUGUUAGCUCAGGCAGGUACUCCUGCCUCU